AUGGGUGGUGUUUCUGUUAAGGACGUCGAGGCGCGGAAGUUCAUUACUUCUUACGCCGCCUUCUUGAAGAGGCAGGGAAAGCUCCCCAUCCCAGGUUGGGUUGAUACCGUCAAGACAUCGCACUCCAACGAACUGCCUCCCCAGGACAUCGACUGGUUCUACGUCCGCGCUGCCGCCGUUGCCCGCCACGUCUACAUGCGCAAGACCGUCGGUGUUGGCCGUCUCCGCAAGGUCCACGGUUCCACCAAGAACCGCGGUUCCCGUCCCUCCCACCACGUUGACGCCUCCGGCUCCGUCGACCGCAAGGUCCUCCAGGCGCUCGAGAAGAUCGGCGUCGUUGAGAUUGACGAGGACAAGGGUGGCCGCCGCAUCACACAGUCCGGCCAGCGUGAUUUGGACCGCAUUGCCCAGACCACUCUCGAGGCUGAGGAGGAGGAGGAUGACGAGUAAACGAGUCGGACGAGUCAAUGAUGAGUCGGAUGCGUCUACAAGUCCCUCCGGAUGAACAGAUCCCUCUGAAGUAACGUUCGGAAAGGAACGUCGCUUGCAUUUAAUGGAGCAUCUACGGUUUACGGCUUAUGGCGUUAUGCUAGGGCAGAAAUAGCCUAGGUUAUCUUCCAAUGGAGACAGGCACUGCCUGAAAAGCAACUUGAUACCCCAUUUCUUCAAAUCUGGCGCCACUUUAUUCGGAUAUGAUCACUUUGCCAGCAUUGACCUUUCCUCUCAACUACCGAUGUCCAG